AUGGAGCCCAUACCAGUCAAUACCCAGAUCGCGGUCGUGUUUGUCGUCUUUACAACGCUCCUUUUCCUAAAAUUAUAUACAAUCGGUAGUCGGGGUAAAGUGCUCCCACCUGGUCCUAAGACAAUCCCUAUUCUAAGAAACGCACUAGAUUUCCCUACUUGCUUUCCUCAUAUCAAAUUUUCGGAAUGGGCUCGUGAGUACGGAGAAAUAUACUCGCCUAAAGUUUUGAAUGGGACGAUAAUCGUUCUUUCUUCUGCGGCGGCUAUCAAAAGUGUUCUUGACAUCAAUGGGCUAAAUACAGGCAAUCGGCCCGAGUCUACUAUAAUACGGCAGGUAACCAAUGGCAAUGUCCAAGCAUUAGAGGAUAUGGAUAGGCCCGCUUGGAGGCGCAGUCGAAAGGCUAUGUAUACUUUUAUCACGGAGUACAUUCUAGGGUCACACACCCGGACUCAAGAUGCCGAGUACUCGCAGCUUAUGAACGAUAUUCUUGAAGAUCCGAAGAACACUUUUGAGCAUAUCAGUCGAAUGGCUGUAGGUGUACUUAUCACAACCCUUUAUGGAUCCAGGGUCCCGAAAUAUUGGGGCUCAGAAGCAGAAACAUAUUUCCGCGGGGUCAAACUUAUGAAUAAAGUCACUGACCCCGGGGCUCAUCCGCCAGUCGACAUCUUAUGGCCGCUGAAAUAUGUUCCGAAACGUUGGGCGUACUGGAAGCGACUCGCCGACAUGACGCGAGAGACCUGUGCCCAAGUCUUUGACCCGCUUUACAAGCAAUGCGAACGCGCGAUAGAGCUAAAUAAGAAAACUGGAUGCUUUAUCGAGUAUUUGAUUAUGAAUCAGCAUCAGCUAGGCAUGUCACACCAAGAGAUCACUGGCUUAGCUGAGGGCUUGAUGGAUGCCGGCGCAGAGGCUACCGCUUCGUUUCUUCAAAGCAUCAUAUUGGUUUUAAUUAACUACCCCCAUGUUCAAGAGAAAGGUCAAACGGAGAUUGACAACAUCGUUGGCGGUGAUCGAUGGCCGACUUUGGACGACUACGACAGGUGUCCAUACAUUCGCGCAAUUGUUGAAGAAUUAUUCCGAUUUAGGCCAGUUUUCCCCAGGGGUAUUCCUCACAGAAGCGAGAGAGAAACUUACUACAAAGAAUAUCGCAUUCCGGAGAAUUCAAUCAUCUUUAUAAACAUAUAUGGGCUUUUCCAUGACCCAGACUUAUACGAUGGCCCGGAGACAUUUGACCCCGAGCGAUUCCUAAAGUCCCCUUUCGGGACAAAAAAAAAAGAGCAGACACAGGGGCAUAUAGGAAUAAUCUUGCGUUUGGGGCUGGACGACGGAUUUGCGCCGGAGAGGACCUGGCUCGUCGAUUGA